AUGGGUGUUCCGAAAUUCUAUCGAUGGACAUCUGAAAGAUAUCCAUGUUUGAGUGAAGUUAUCAAUGAAACUCAGGUUUUUUUAAUUUUCAAUCAAAAGAAAAAUGAGAUUUAUUGAAUUGUUUUUUACAGAUUCCUGAAUUCGAUAAUCUAUAUCUUGACAUGAAUGGAAUUAUCCAUAAUUGCUCUCAUCCAAAUGACGAUGACGUCACAUUUCGGAUAACCGAAGAGGAAAUAUUCCAUAAUAUUUUUGCGUAUAUCGAAAAUCUUUAUAAUAUUAUUCGACCCCAAAAAGUGUUUUACAUGGCUGUCGAUGGUGUAGCUCCAAGAGCAAAAAUGAAUCAACAACGAGCACGGCGAUUUAUGUCAGCUCGAACUGCUGAAACUCAAAUGAGAAAAGCGAUGGAAAAGGGGGAGGAAAUUCCAAAAGAAGAGCGAUUUGAUUCAAAUUGUAUUACACCUGGAACAUUUUUCAUGACUCGAUUACAUAAUAAAUUGGGAGAAUGGGUUGAGAAGAAAAUUGCGAAUGAUACGAAUUGGCAAAAUCGGCGGAUCUUUCUAUCUGGACAUAAUGUAAGGAUUGUGAUCAGCAAGUUCACUAAAAAUCAACUAGAAAACGUAAAUCUCAAGAAAUUAAAAAUUUCAAUUUUUCAGUGUCCUGGUGAAGGCGAGCACAAAAUUAUGGAUUUCAUUCGAACUGAAAGAACAAAAAAUGACUAUGAUCCAAACACAAGACAUUGUAUGUAUGGACUUGACGCUGAUUUGGUUGGUUUUCAGAAAAAUUUUAGAUUUCAAGUGAAUCAAUAAGACAAUUCAGAUUAUGUUGGGAAUUGUAUCACACGAGCCGCAUUUUUCACUUCUCCGUGAAGAAGUCACAUUCAAUCGGCCAACUCGUCGAAAUGAUUCGAAAAAACAAAAAAUGCCCGAAAGAAAUGAUGGCGAUGUGAAAAAGUUUCAUCUUUUGCAUUUGUCAAUUCUACGAGAGUAUUUGGCGUGGGAAUUUUCGACUGUGAAACAAUCAAUUCCCUUUGAUUACGAUAUGGAAAGAAUUGUGGAUGAUUGGAUUUUGAUGGGAUUAUUGGUGGGAAAUGACUUUUUGCCGCAUUUACCUAAUAUUCAUAUUCAUGAUGAUGCUUUGCCUUUACUUUAUCGAACAUAUAAAACGGUAUUGCCAACACUUGACGGUAAGAAUUUUUUCGAGGAAAUUUAGCUCAACUCUGAAUAUGGGUUAUAAAACGUGGAGAAAAUUGAAAUUGAAAAAAUUAAAUGAAAAAUAGAGACAGGAAUUCUGAAUUUUCAGAACACCCAUAUCGUGGUGCGGUUUCAUUUUUUAAGAAACAUUGAAAUUUCAAAAAUGAAACAUGCAUCGCGUAACCGUAACGCGCACCACGAUAUGGGUGGUCUCGAAUUGUUACCACGUCAUAACUCAUUUUCAGAUAAAAAAUACGAAGUUACCUAUGUAUAAUAAUCUUAUUUCAGGGUAUAUCAAUGAAGGCGGGUACUUGAAUCUUGUACGGUUCGAAAAAUUUCUCGAGGAAUUGAGUAAAAAUGAUAAAAGUGUUUUUAUGACACAAUUGGAGGAUCAGGAUUUUCUUGAUUCAAAAACUGGACAAAACGAGUUGGAAGAAAAUGAUCUAGAGGAAUAUCAAGAUCUUGAAGAUGGAGAAGGAGAAGAGUUAGAACCGGUGAAUAAAUCAAAUUUGAAUCAAAGACAUGAAGAUGCGGAUGAUUCAAAUGCGGCUUUUGUUGAUAGUGAUUUAGAAGAAGAUGAAGAGAAUGAAAGAGAUCAAGAAUAUUUAGAUGAUGUUGCUCAAUUAGAUGAAGAUUUCAAUGAAGAAUUAGCUUUGGCUAAUUUUAUGGCACUCGAUGAUAAAGAAUUUGAGAAUAAUGUUGAAGCCUGCUGGACCAGGACAAUAAAUAAUCAAUUCAAAAAAUAUCGCAAAAAUUAUUAUAGUGAAAAGAUGAAUUAUCGAAAUAUCAGUAAAGAUGAGAUUCGUGAACAAGCUGAAGGAUAUGUGAAAGCAAUUCAAUGGAAUUUGCAUUAUUAUUAUCACGGAUGUGUUUCAUGGAGUUGGUUCUAUCCUCAUCAUUAUUCACCGUAUAUUUCUGAUAUUCGAAAUUUUACAAACAUGAAAAUUCAAUUUGAUUUAUCGAAACCAUUCCAACCUUUCGAACAAUUACUUGCUGUUUUACCAGCUGCUAGCAAAUCUUGUGUUCCACUUCCACUUCAAGAAUUAAUGACUGACAAUGUUGAUUUGUCAGAAAUUCAUGAUUUUUAUCCAAUGAAUUUCAGUACUGAUUUAAAUGGAAAGAAAAAUGAUUGGGAAGCGGUUGUUCUAAUUCCAUUUAUUGAGGAAGAUCGAUUAUUGGAAGCUAUGAAAACCAAAGAAAAUCGAUUGAGUAAGGAAGAAAAACAAAGAAAUGAGCACGGUCCGCAUUUAUUAUUUGAAACAAAGAAAGAUUCAGAAGGUGUGAGAGUAACGUAAGUUUUUUUUCGUGGAGUUAAAUAUCUCACCAGUUAUGGUUAAUUGAAUUAAAAACCUCUCAAAAAAUGGUUACAGUAGGAAACAUGUUUUUAACGGGUCCCGCAACGAACCGAAUAAAAACAUGUUUUUUAAGAGAAAAACAAUUUUAUAAUCAUUUUUCAAAUUAAUAUUUUUCAGACGAACAUUGGUCGACAAAGAUUUGUUCCGAAUAAAACCUGGCCAAGUGAAGUGGGGACUUUUGCCGAAUGUGAAAAUGGAUGUAUUCUAUCCGGGUUUCCCGACAAUGAAACAUCUUUCACAUAUCGGCGAACUUCGUCCAGCAAAUGUUAAUAUAUUUGGAAUGGUUUCGAAACGAGAUUCAAUGGUUUUGAAAGUUGCCGAAGCUCCGAAAAAGGAUAUAAUUGAAUGGGCUGCCGAAUUGUUGGAGGAAGAAGUUUGUAUUGAUUGGCCUAUUUUGAAGGUUUGUUUGGAUUGAAUUUGAAUUCGGAGUUGAGAUCUGGACAUUCCUACAAAAAUAUUACAAAUUUUUCCAGCUUGGAAAAGUUGAAUCAAUUUGGGGGGACGAAAGAAUUGUGAAGAAAAAUGAGCAAGACGAAAUAAUUGUUCGAGACAUGAAUGGUGAAGAAAAGAAACAAUGGAUUGCUCAUGUUAACAAUGUUAGUGAUCGAUUAAUGAGUAGAUAUGCAAUUGAAGUUGAAGGAGAUACACUAACUAGAAUUCCACUUGUUUGGGUUCGACGAUUUGUUGGUUUGGCAUAUCAUUUGGAUUCAACUGAAGGUGCACCAAUUAUGAGAGCUGUCAAACAAUUUCAGCCAAAUGAAAAUGCAAUUCCUGUUUUGUUGCCACUUGUUGUAAAGGAUUUGUUGUUAGAAGAAUCGAGAAGACUUGGUGAUAUUUCAAUCAAAAAUGCGUUCCCAUUGCAAAAAGUUGUUUGGGUUACUGAUCCGAAAUCUGAAUUGUAUGGAAUACCAUCGAUGGUUCAAGGAUAUGUUAAUGAAAAUAAACCGAAUUGUUCGAUUAGUUUGAUUGGAAUGGUGAUUGAUGCGCAAGUUUCGAAAAUGGAAGAACUUCGGGAAAUGUAUCAGGCAAAAUCUCUUCGAUGGUUGGGCGGUUUUGAAUGCUCGAAAAAGACUGGAGUAUCUGUUGGAACAUUUGCACGAAUUACUGGAACUAUGUUAUUAUGGAAUGAGUCUAGAGAAGUGGUUGAAAAAGGGCAACAAAUAUCGAGUGAGAAUAAGAUUAAUAUUGGAUUGGGUUUGAAAUAUAGUCGAAGAAAUCUUUGUGUAAGUUAAUUUGGAAAACAUCUGAAAUUUUCGAAAUUAUAUCAAUUUCAUUUUUCAAGGUUGCAAACUAUACAAAACGUGUUGAAUCUAGCAACGAUCGCGGAACUCGAAAAUAUUGGCUCUAUUCAAAUUUGACAAAUCAACUAGUCAUCAAAUACCGUCAACUAUUCAAAGAGUUAUUCCAAUUUCUCGAACAAUGCAGUGAUAGCGACGAUGUUUAUUAUGCCGAAGAAAUUUGGACGAAAAAAGAGACUCGCGAUCGAAAAUUUGAGGAACUCAAACAGUUUUUAGAUUCGUUGCCGAGUUUGGCGGAAGAGAAAUUGGAUUGUGAUGUUGAUUAUGCUGAUAGACAAAUUAUAGUGGAAAUUGAGAAUAUUAUGGGAGAAAAACAACCGGAAGCGAGGAUGAAAAAAGCCAAUAUUCAACCCUCUUCAUUGUUUAGAGUGAGUUUUUUUUGGAGAAUUUUAAUUCAAAAAAGCGUUUUUAUCAAAGUCUCACAAGAAUUUAUCUGGAAUUUUUGAAGAAAAAUUUAAUUUUCCAAAAAUUCUUUAAAAAAAUGUAGAUCAAAUAUUUUGUUCACAAAAAAUCUUGUUUCAGGCUGAAUUGUAUGAUGGUAAAACCAUGGUUGAUUCGGAUGCAGAUUUCCAAGUUUUGGAUAGAGUUUCAUGUGCUGGAAUUGGAUUUGUUAGUCCAUUUUCUUUUUUUUUUUGUCAAAACCCACCUAAUUUCAGCCUAUUCAAAAAACGAUGCAAGGAACGAUUGUUGGAGUGCAUGGAGAUAAAAUCGAUGUGCUUUUCGACAAGGAAUUCGCAGGUGGUUCCAAAGUUCGUGGAUCACGAAAAAGUAGUUCGAUUCGACUGCCCAAAGCAUCGCUUUUCAAUAUAACUUAUGGACUUGAAAGAAAGAACAAAGUAGUCGCUACGACAAGUCCGAAGAAAUCAUCGGAGAAAAAAGAGGAGAAGAAUGGAGUUUAUGUUCAGUUUAAACCAAAGGAGAAGAAGAAUUUGGAGAAUAAAGCGAUUCCUUCAACAUCGAGAGAAAGUAAUAAGAAUAAUAAUAAGAAGAAGGAUAAUAUCACCGAGUUGACUGAAUCAUUGACGAAUAUUUUGAAGAUUGCAAAAGAACCGGAAGAGACGAAGGGAAAGAAAAUAUCGAUUGCUGAAUUAAUGGGAGCAACGAGUAGCAGUUCGAAAAGCCCAACAAAAUCAUCGAGUGAAAAGGAUGUUCAAGAAUUGUUUAAAAAGAUUACUGGAAGUUCUUCGAAAAAUCAAGAUUUGAAUCAAGAUAAAAAUCCAAAGGAAAAGAAGAAACAAGAUACACCAGUGAUUUUGAAGAAAAGAGAAAUUGAACCAGUGCAGGAAGAAGUCCCUCAAAAUCAACCACAAACUGUUAUCCUGCCAAUUCCAUAUCCGCCCGCUCAAAAUCAAAAUCAAGAGCAACCACAAACUGUCAUUUUACCUAUUCCAUAUCCAUCCCAAUCAAUGCCAAGUAAUCAGAAUUUGCCCAAUCCCCCAAUGAUAUUGUCACGCGAAGGUAUGAUGAUGAUGGCACCAAGAGAAGGAUUCACAAUUCCACCACCGCCUUUCGGAAUGGUGCCAACACAAAUUCCACCGCCGCCAGUGUAUAUGCAAGAACCUCCGUUUCCACCUGUUCAGAAAUAUUAUCAAAAUCAUGGAAGAGGUGGUCAGAGAGGAAAUAAUUAUAUGCAUCAUCAACAUCAGCAAAUGUGAGUUUGGGAGGGUUUUGGAGGGGUUCAAAGAGGCUAGACCCUCAUAUUUUUCUUUAUUUUCAUCCCCAUUUGAUUAUUUAUUUUUUUUAUAGGAAUCAAAACAGAGCACAAGAACAAUUGACCGACUUCAAACCAUCAACGGUGAGUUUUUUGUUAUUAUUAUUAUCAUCAAAUUUUGAGGAAACAAUUUAAGUAACAAUUUAUUUUGAGCAAAAAUUUAUAAUAACGAGUUCAUCAGUUUUUGCCAAAAAAUAUCAAUUUCAUUUGUGGUGGUUUUGAAAAUCACGAGCCCGGUUAUUAUCAAUAAAGGGGUUAAGUGAGAUCUGAAAGAACAAAACUAGCUUUUCAAUGAUUUUUCAAGUAACUUACGGAAACAAGCAACAAACAAUAGCUGAAAUUAGGAGCACAAUGAAAUUCCAUUUUAUUCUGAAAUUUUACUUAUUAUCAUUAUUAAUAUAAAACAUUUUUUUGAGACUUACAUAAAGAAUGCUGUCAAAGCUGCAAAUCCAUAGAGAUACAAUAGAACCAUUGGAAAAAGAUUUUUGUAAUAAAAUGAAACAAAUAUAAAGAUAAAAUAUGUUUUUUAUCAAAUAUAAGGAAGAGAUAAUGAAAUAGUGUAUGAGAAAGAUUUCUGAGAAAACAUACGGUUAAAUGUUUUUGAGAAGAUAAAAUUGAAUUUUUAUUGAAACAAUUUUUGGAAAUUCCUGGAUUAUUUCUAAUUAUCUGGAUGGUUUGCAGAUAUCUCGUGGAGGAAAGAAACGCAUUCCUCAGACACAAGUUCAUACCACAAAACCCUCACCAACCAAAUCUCAACCCUCAACUUCAACCUCAACAUCUUCGCCACCAAAAGAAAACAAAAUUCCACAAAAAGAGAAGAGUUCAACAAAUCCCUCUUCUUCUUCUUCCACAUCAAAAUCGAGUCGCAAAAAGAAACAAUCGCGUUUGGCGAUUCAAUUCGAUGUCAAUAAUCCAUAG